GGGAGAAGCCCCACCAAUGCGCCGUGUGCUGGCGAUCUUUCUCACUGCGCGACUACCUGCUGAAGCAUAUGGUCACACACACAGGCGUGCGCGCCUUCCAGUGCGCUGUCUGCGCCAAGCGCUUCACGCAGAAGAGCUCACUCAACGUGCACAUGCGCACGCACCGGCCCGAGCGCGCGCCCUGCCCCGCCUGCGGCAAGAAGCCUUGCUGUCAACACCUCCAGGGCCACUGUCAGGGGGUGGGGGUGGGGGCGGGACUAAGGGGUCAGAGAUCUGGGCCAGGCAGCCCCUGGCAGAAGUUACUAGCAGUCUGUGGACACUUCUCUGAGGAGGGAGCGGGCGCCAUGGGCAUCUGGCUGCGACUAGCCUUGUUACUGUUGGUGCUGUGGGCUCUGGGGCAGCCCCCGUGGCCUGCGGCUGUGGCCCUGGCACUGCGCUGGCUCCUGGGAGACUCCAUCUUCUGCGUGCUGCUUGGCCUGGCCCUGCUGGCGCAGCCCUGGCUCUGGCCCUGGAUGCCCCACUGGCUGAGUCUGGCAGCCGCGGCGCUCACACUGGCUCUGCUGCCCGCACGGCCGCCCCCAGGGCUGCGCUGGCUGCCUGCAGAUAUGGCCUAUAUUGCCAGGAUCCUCCGCCUGGGCCUGGUUGUCAGAGUGCGCAUGAGACGCCACCCGCCCGACACCUUUGUGGAUACCUUCGAGCGACGAGCACGAGCACAGCCGGGUCGCACGCCCUUGGUGUGGAAGGGGCCAGGGAGCCGCUCAGUCACCUUCAGGGAGCUGGACGACAGGGCAUGCCAGGCAGUGUGGGCCCUGAAGGCCGAGCUGGGCGGCCUCACAGGCUUGCUUGGCGGGGAGUCGGCUGCCCUCCUGGUGCUGGACGCCCAGACCAUUCCGGCCUUGGGUUUGUGGCUGGGAUUGGCCAAGCUGGGCUGCCCCGUGGCCUGGAUCAAUCCGCAUGGCCGGGGAGCACCCCUGGUGCACUCAGUGCUGAGCUCUGGGGCUCGGCUGCUGGUGGUGGACCCAGGUGAGGAACCCAGAGGCUAGAAGAGGACAGAGGGUCCUGGUGGGGGGCUAGGCAAGGAGAUCCUUGCUUCCUACCUACCCUCACAGGCAAUUACAGUCAAAGCUUAAUUGCUGGAAAGUAAUUAUGAGGGCACCAGAGGUUUUUUUUCAUGUUUGUUUCAAUCCUUUUUUUUUUUUUUAAGAUUUAUUUAC